GUCGUUUUUCCUCGUAACAAAAUGGGACUUCAGGGGGUGGGAGCUAAAUCCCAAGUUGAAUAUCAAAUUCCAUUUUUCAUUUCUCUCUCUCUCUAUACCUCGAUGGCUUCGCUUCAAUCUCUUCCUAUAAAUACUUUCUUUUCUACCCUAUCCGUUUUCUUCUUCUUUCCUUUUUCGUCGCCUUUUCUUCCAUGGCUUCCCUUUUCUCUCUCCGCAUUUCCGCUUUCCAUAAUCAAGAAAUUGUCAGAUCAUGGAACUCAGCAAAAUUUGGUUCUAAGAAACUCUGUUCAUCUAAUAUAUAUGUGAAAGAGCAGAGUUUUGACUCUUUAAAAUAUAUCAUUCUGCAAGGAUAUCUUUCUGGAUCAUUGUCCCAAAAUAUUUCAGUGAAAUGCAUUCCUUCGGAAGCUCUAGGAUCAGUGGCAGCUACAGGAAACCCUGACCAAAACAUUAUUACGAUGGACUCUUCUAUAAUCAGUAGACACAGGGAUGAGCUGGAUUUCAAUCGAGUCAAUUGUCUUGUGUGGGUACUGCAUGAAUCUGCAAGAAGUUUUUCAGUUGCAGUACAGACCCUUGAAUUGGCUAAAAAUGGGCCCGAGCUUGCAAUGGCAUGGGUUGGGGUGGAUGUGCAUGCCUGGCAUAAAAGCAUCUCAUAUCAGGUAGCAAUUUAUGCUUUGUUCAAAGCAGCAAUAGAAGUGGAAGUGUUUCUUUCUCGCAAACGCAGCAACAAUGUUUCUUCUGUUCAUGAAAUCCUAUCUCCUAUCACCAACUUUCUUGGAGAGCACAUUGAAAGUCAAUUGAAUUUGAGGAAUCCAAAGUUGGUGCAAUGGUUUAGAACACUGGAGCUGCCACGGAUUGCAAGAAUGUUCAUUCCCCUAUUCAAGAAAUGGUCUGUGGAUUAUGCAGGAAGUGGUGUUGCAGGAAAUGUCUUGGCAAUAAGUUGUUGCACAGCAGUGAGGAAAUUAGGUUCAGGACGAGUUUCUUGCCCUUUGUUUUCAGCUUCAGUUGAAGAUGCACUAGUAGAACUUAUGAACUUGUCACAUACACUUGUUUCAAUUGAUAAAUUGCACUAUUUAGCAACUGAGGCUGGAUUCGAAGAAGACUUCUUGGUCCAUUUUGGCAGAAAGGUUCUACCAAGUAACAGUAUUGAAGAUGUAGAAUUUUGGAUAGGAUUGGUUCAGAGAAAACUCAGUAAUGCAUUUCACAGAGAGAAUGUAAUUACAGACAAGCAUAAUUUUCAUGACAAGGUUCAAGAAAAUAGUUUAGCUACCCUGGGACUUUUUGCAUAUCUGGGAAGAGAGACAAGAUUGUUCCUCUCAGAAAUGGGUGUAAAGGAUCUGGAUGAACAAACUAGAGAUUUUCUGAGUUACUUAGAAUGUGGUAGCCUUCUUAUGCAUCCAGAAUUCUCCACUCUCUCUGAGUAUCAGCUCUUCAUGGAGGUAGUAGCCAAUGAAAUUGGAUGGCUCGACUUUUAUGCUGCAUCUGCUAGCAAAUUUUGUGUCAAAAGAAGAUCCAAACAACAUCCAAUUCAAGCGGAGAAAGAAAUAAUUUUGUACACUGUUUUAACUGUAUGCUAUGAUGUUAUAGCUGGAUUUGCCCACUAUAGCAAUUCCACGCAGCAACCAUUAGAUGCAAAUUUACUGGACUUCUUGCUUCAGAGUCAGAGUCUGUUAUCGGUAUGUCUGGAGGACUACUGGGCAGCUUAUGAUAGAACAGGAGAAGUGCAAAAAUUUGCUGAUAGAAGUGCAUCUGAUCCGGUGGCAUCUUUGCUUAGUAAAUGUGGAAUGGGUUCAUCCAUCAUAUUGGACGUGAAAGAGAAGCCAAUUGACUUGAUUAAAAAGGAAAAACAUCAGUAUGGAUCUAGAUUGAAUCAGGCCACCAGCUCUUCUGCAAUGGACCCUGUGACGCUGGUGGAGUUGGAAUGCUCUACUGCACCCAAACCACUGCAUGAAAAUUUACUAAGAAAAUCUACAACCAAGCUGAUAUCUGCAAGUGUUGAUAUUUGGAUGGGUACAGAAUUGCUCUUUACAGACGUAUCGGAUGCUUUAGGGCUACUUAUAAAGAAGUUGAAAGGCCGUCAACUCACAAAAAGGGAGAGAGAGAAAAUGAAGAGAACGCUGGGAGAUAUUGCUACUCUUGUUCCCAUAACCAUCUUAAUGUUAAUCCCUGUUUCUGCUGUGGGUCAUGCAGCAAUGCUAGCCGCAAUCAAGAAAUAUGUCCCGAGUUUGAUUCCUUCUCCGUAUUGUUCUGAAAGGCUUGAUUUUAUGAAACAAUUAAAGAGAACGCAGAAGAAGGAAAUCGAAGCUCGGAGCAGCAUUGAACACCCUCCUUCUAAAGAUGUAGAGUGAAUGGUAGCUGGCGGAAGCAACUUCAUUAUCAUGGUGUUGGUACGGCUUAACUUUCUGUAAAGUGGCAAGAGAAGUUGCACAUACACCUUGUCAUAUCUGACGCAAGGAACUGUCAAUCAGAGGAAACUGAAACACCACCUUUUCAAAAGCACACGUACACAAAUCCAGCUAAAUUUAGUUCUAGUGAAAGCACCUAUGAACUGUAUUUGCUCUAGGCAUAAUCUAACAAUUGUUCAUAGUAUCCAUGGGUUAAUACAAAGCUUUCAAGUUUCGAAGAAUUUGUUUGGUUAGAGGGUCUGGUUGUUUACCACAAGGUCAAAAAACUUGAUGGUUCUCUAGCAUUAGAUAACACAUGACAGACAGAUCUAGAAAGUGUAUAUAUGGCAAGGUGAUCAAUAUAAUUAUUUAAGUCGAA